AGAGGCACGCUGUUACAAGUAGCGACAGGCGAGGGAAAAACGGAAAUUGUUGCCGGUAUGGCGGUGUUGAUGAGCUUGGUUUACGGGAAAAAAGUGGAUAUCAUGACCAGCAGCCCAGUUCUUGCCGUGCGCGAUGCGGAGAAAAACAAAAACCUGUUCGAGGCGUUCGCGUUGAAAAUCUCUCACAACACACAGUCUACUUCGGGAGCAGCAGGAGCGGAUGGCAGUGCAACUACCAGCAAAAAGAAGUCCUCUUCCUCUGCAUCUUCUUCCAAACGCGCGUGCUACGAGAGCGAGAUCACCAUUGGCGAUCCAGCUGAUUUCAUGUUCGACGCCCUGAAAUCCGAGUGGUACCACCAGAAAACCACCGGAAAUCGCUACGGUGCGAAGUAUAUGCAGUGUAAAAGUAUGGUAUUAAUAGUAGAAAUAGCAUCACAAAUUUUUCCAGAAGGGAAAAUGGAAUUUGCAAUGCUGAAUGAGCUCACGAACCAGAUUUGUCAUGCAUGACUGCAAUUACUAUGAGUGCGAUACUUUUGCACUGGAUAAAGUACGAAGCGAACGUCGACGCAGGGCCCCGGGGGAAGCGACUCAGUGCGAACUCCAACAAGGCGGGGCGCCACGACAAGGAGGGUGAAGAACAAGCCGGCGCCGGUACUGCUGCUGAUGAUGAAGAGAAAGAGUCGCAGGAGAGCCGAGAAAAGCCGAUAGAGGUGUUUUAUGACCCUAGCGCCGUGGUCCACCGGCUGACACCGGGAAAAGCGAAGUAUGAUGCGAUAGUGCGUGAAGAGAACGGCUUACGGGCUAUGUCUCGCCGCUUGUAUUUGGAAGAAUCUGGGGCGGUGUUGCCCCGACUCCGUGUCAAGCUCGCGAGGUACGCAGAGGGGGUGAACGAUGUGCUCCGCGAAAGGUUGUUGCCUGCUAAACCGGAGGACGUUGAAAUGCCAGCAGCCGGACGUCCGGAGGAGGAACAGCCAGAGCAGCAAGCAGCGAAGGCUGCGGAGAAGGAGGAGCGCAAACAGGCCGAGAUUCUUUGGGCCAGUUCCUUGGGCGACGGGGGAGCAGAGAAAGCCGUGACCUCCCUCGAGGGAAUCUGGCGCAGAAGCACUGUCAAGGCGAUUCGAUCAACAAAGAGACAUGUUGAGACGAGCACAAUUCAUCCCAGGCAACGAAAAGAGGACGGAGAAGACGAUCCAGAUAUUACGGAUGAAAGAGCAGACCCGCAGUUUCAAAGCGUGCUCUACCAAGUCGAACCAACGCCACCAACGAAGAGCGACGCUAAGACCUCGAAUACCCCAGCACAGCACACGAAAGAGUGGUUUCGGUUCUGGCAACGGAUAAGCCACGCAGGCACGAACGAUAUAUCGACCGGUUCUGCCGCCUUCGAGGACCAUUUUCUCUUGCCGGGAGAAAAUCUGUUCCCCGCCCUCUUCGGAACAACGAGCGAGUCAGUGCUGGAAAGCGACGAUCUGCGUGAAGAACAACGUAGUUUCCAACCAGACACCGACUUCCGGAACAUCCACAAAGCGUUCGCGACGAAGAUUCUGAAAGAGGAGGUGGAAAUGAACACCGCGAUCGCGAUGGGUCGGCUGGAAUUUGGUUUUGACAACGUCGCUUUAGCCGACGAAGUUGACAUGAUGCUGGUAAACGACUUAUCCAGGACUGCGAAAGUCGCCGUGCCGUUUCCGGGGGCGGAAUUUCUGGAGCCGAUUUACCACGUGCUGAAAAUGGAGAUUGACCGGCUCCAGCACCGGCUGAUUCCCGUUCCGGAGGGGAAGAAGAAGCGGCUGGUGCUGCUGUACGGUGACUUAUUGCGGAAAAUCCGCGGUACUGGUACAAGAAACUUGACAGCAAGAAGACCCUCAAACAACUCUGUCGGGUCGUCCGCGAUAGUCGAGGAUUCCGUCGAGUUUCGUCUCUCCUCUACAACGGGCGCAGGGAUCAGUGCAACGAGCGCGAUGUUUUCACCGGGAGCAGCUGCUCGGGGCCGCACCAGAGGAACCGUCAUCAUGACUCUGUCCCAGCUGCUCCGCGAGGUGCGCAAGAAGGGCGGUAGCGAGGUCGGGAUCGAGCUCGGAGGGGAGGGGACACCAGAAGACGAGACCGACGCGGAGAUGGAAAAGAAAAACCAAGCACUGGAAGACUACCUCGAACGGUUCCUGCUGCGGGCCAUCGACUGGCGCAGCGAGGAUAUCAGGGCGGAGGGGUCGUUGUUCACGAAGUCUAGAAGUGCGAAGAAACGUACGGAAAGUUCUACAACCGCGCAACCAGCUGAUAUUACUGCGUCGCCGCCUCCUCCAGCACAUGAAGAAGGCCCUAGCACAGGAGGACCAGCGAGCGCUAGUCCAGCUCCUAUGGAGGUCGACCAGGGCAGUGGCGAAACACAGCAAGAAGGACCAGUUCCCCCGCGUCCCAUGGAGGCAAUUCCCGAAGAACAAGAUGUAAGCGGCACAACUCCCGCGGCUUCGGCAGGAGUCCAAGAACCCCCCACAGCAGGAAACAGGAACCCGCCAGUCACGACGUUCCGCCAUGCGGAAGAUCUGCUCUUGCACGCUGGCUAUGCACCGAUUCCCGGUGGGCGGCCGGUGAAAUUGGCUCCUCCCUCGGAACGCUUGCCGGAUUUUCUGAACAUCAAGGACAGUGCAAAGGCUGCUUCGUCUCUGUUUACUUUCGACAGUGGAGCUGCGCAAACCUCCGUUGGCUCAGGCGCUGGUGAGCAGGGUUCCUCGAAAGGAGGAAGUACUAGCGCCAAGAAAGCAGCUGCUGACCAAGAACAUCACCAGCAGCACGACCACUCUGCUGGCUUGAUCCAGAUCCCGAAGCACUGGGAGCAGCACAUCCGCGACACGAUUCCGCGCCUGGUCAAGUCCGCCAUGCUCGCGUACUUCACGUUCAAGGAGAACAUCGACUACGUAGUGGAGGACAACGCCGUUAAGCCGGUGUCCGGUGCCACAGGAAUCACGCAAGAGUCCCUCCACUGGUCCGACGGGAUUCACCAGACGCUCGAGGUGGCGCACCAACUGCCCGUCACGCCGGAGUCCCUGCCGACGAAUUUCUUGUCCAAUUUCGCUUUCUUCCGCAGAUACAAGUUCGUCUACGGUGUCACGGGAACCCUCGGUUCGCGCGCGGUGCGCAACAGCCUGAAGUCCACGUACCAACUCUCGUCCCGGCUGAUGCCCCUAUCGCGGGACAAGCGCUUUUUGGAAUACGCACCGGAUCUGAUCGGGCCCGAGACAUUGGUGCCGGCGGUUUUGGGAAGCGUGGCGGCUCGCGGCGGUGCGCCGGGAAGCAAGCCGGGGUCGUGGAGAGGAGGGGCGUUUUCGGAGCAGGAAGGGCAGUUCUUGCCCGACGGCGAAAAUUAUGACCCAAGCGAAAUAAUGUCAGAAGCGGACGACUCCGGUGUGGCUCAUCACGAUAACGGAACUGCACGUCGAGUCUUGUCGCAGCGAUCGCGGUGGGUGGCGACCGUGGUGGAGAAUGUCGUAAGGGAACUUAGAAGGGACCGCGGGGUGCUCUGCAUCUGCCGCAGCAUCCAGCACGCCACACAGAUUUCCACUUCCUUGAAGCGGGAAUGGGAGCAGACGAAAGUUAUCGAAUACCUUCGCCAGUCCAAUGCCGACGUGGGCGAGGUCAAAAUGGCACCGUUCGAACCGGGCAUGGUGAUUGUGUCCACCAACCUGGUAUGCAUUGCAAAUAUGCCUGGGUCAGGAAGGAUGCGAACUUGUGAUGCGCAUUUCACAAAAAAGAUAAAUCUCUCAUGCAUAGGCAGCAAAAGGUGCCCACAUCGGAUGUGGGCACCUUUUGCUGAAGCGAAAUCUGUGAUGCUAGGGCUUCCAUGGCAGACAUUUUGUGUCAUGCAAAAACAGCAUGACUUCCAGACCCAGACGUUUUUGCAUUUGAUAUCUGGCGGGGCGCGGCACGGACUACGACACCGCAGCGAUCGAGCAGUACGGGGGGUUGCAUGUGGAGCUCACCUUUUUGGCAGAGAGUCGCGAGGAGGCGCAGGCACUGGGGCGGACGGCGCGGCAGGGCAAAAAAGGCACGGGGAGGAUCACCGCUAUGGUGUCUGAAGGAUUCGGGAGUGCGGGUGGGAUAGAAGAGUACACGACG